ACACACCCCUCAAGGCCACAUCCACACAUCAUGCAGCCCCCACCUUUUGACAUGUGGAAGGACUACUUCAACCUGAACCAGGUACUGUGGGCGCUGAUCAAGAGCCGCGAGCCGGGGCUGGAAGCCCAGGGGAUGACAGAGGAGCUAAGCCCUCCCGAGGCCCCACCAGAGCAAGACCAGCAGGGCCUAGCAGGGCUGGGGGCCGGUGGGGGGCCCGGGCCUGCCCUGUGCAACUUCUGCAAGCACAACGGGGAGUCGCGUCAUGUGUACUCUUCGCACCAGCUGAAGACGCCUGAGGGUAUUGUGUUGUGUCCCAUCCUGAGGCAUUAUGUGUGUCCCCUGUGUGGGGCCACAGGGGGCCAGGCCCACACGCUCAAAUACUGCCCGCUCAAUGGUGGCCAACAGUCUCUGUACCGCCGCAGUGGACGCAACUCGGCUGGCCGCAAGGUGAAACGCUGAGGGUUGGUGGGUGCCCACCAGCAUACCCAAAAACCUGCUGGCUCACUCUCCCCCACCUCCACCAAGUCCUGGACCCCUCCUCUACAACCAUCCCCACUGGAUCUCCCAAGGGGGUGGGGGGAGCUGCUGGUCAGCCUCUCUCCUCCACCCAAGGAGCUUUGCCCCAAGGGUUCCUGGCA